CUUCGUCUUAUCGUAAAAGAGUUAAUAAUAUUGCAUAGACGGCUUGUAUAUCACCAGUAGUAAGGUGAUUAUCACGUAUUUUUGACUUACUCGAGUGCUUCACAUAAUAUGUUGUUAAUUCUUUUAUUAUGUUCUAUAAUAUUUUUGAUUAUCCUAUUGGAUUGGUUACACAAAGAUGAAGGAUUCGAAAAGAUUCAUGGUCCGAAAUGUGUAUUUAUAUUGGGGAAUUCUUUAGACAUUCUAAAGGAUUCAGUUAAAAUAUUUUAUCAGUUCCGAAAAUUAGCACAUAACUAUAAGAACUGCUUUAAAUUAAAGAUUUUUACGAAAAAAAUCCUCAUGGUUUAUAAUCCGCAAGACGUCGAAAUCCUUUUAAGUGGAAAAAAACACAGUAGCAAAGGUUUCCUUUAUAAUUUUCUUCGACCCUGGUUGAAAGAUGGCCUGUUGUUAAGUGACGGAAUAAAAUGGCAUUCACGGAGAAAAAUUCUUACACCUACUUUCCAUUUCAACAUUCUACGUCACUUUAACUCGGUUCUGUUAGAGAAGGUGCAAGCAUUUGUUGAACGUCUAAAUUCUGAAGUUGGUAGUUCAGCUACGGAAAUUUUUCCUCUAAUAACGGAGUUUUCUUUAAAUUCUAUUUGUGAAACUGCAAUGGGUACAGCAUUGGAAGACGAGAAAUGUGAUAUGGGGCAAAAAUAUAAAGAUUCAAUUCAUACCUUGGGAACAUAUGUAUUUUCAAGAAGUACGAAAUUCUGGAUAUACCCUGACUUUAUAUUUAAUCUCUCACCACUUGGAAUGAAUCAGAAAAAAGUUCUAGAAGUUAUAAGUCAGUUUCGUAAUAACGUGAUAGCAAAGCGCAAGUUGGACACAAAUGUAAGACAAAUAGAAGAUGAUGAUUGUGAUGAUGAAUAUUUUAUUAGUAAAAAACAGAGGCUAGCUAUGUUGGAUCUGUUAUUACAAGCUGAGAAAGAAGGACAUAUAGACUCUGAUGGCAUUAGUGAAGAAGUGGAUACAUUUAUGUUUGAAGGUCAUGAUACUGUAGCAACGGGUCUUCAGUACAUCUUCAUGUUAUUGGCUAAUCACGAGGAUAUACAGGACAAAGUUUUCUUGGAAUGUGAAGAAAUACUGUCGAGAAAUAAUGGACGACCUUCAAUCAAUGAUAUGGCACAAAUGAAAUUUUUGGAGGCCUGCAUAAAAGAAGCCUUAAGACUCUACCCACCAGUAUAUUUCAUAAGUCGUAUAGGGGACGAACCAAUAGAACUAAGCAAUGGACACACAUGCCCAGCUGGAACAGACUUUAAUAUUUUAAUUUAUGAACUGCAUAGACAAGCGGAUCAGUUCGUGGAACCUUACAAAUUUUUACCAGAACGAUUUCUAAAGGAACCCACAUGGCAUCCAUUUUCGUAUUUGCCUUUUAGUGCUGGUCCACGAAAUUGUAUCGGACAAAAGUUUGCGAUGAUGGAGAUGAAACUGCUUCUGUCAAAAGUCUUGACAGAAUACCGUCUGCUGCCGGUCACUAAACCGCAAGAUAUUAUAUUUUAUGCUGACAUACUGCUUCGUUCUAACCAAGUAAAAGUUAAAAUCGAAAAGAGAAAAAAACGCUUCAAGAUGCUUACUAUAAUUUGUGUCAUUGUAUUGUCUCUUUGUUUAAUACAUUUGGCAUUCAAUUACAAUUACAAGGCAAGAUUAUUGAGAAAAAUUCCGGGACCCGAUGAGAGCUUUAUCGUCGGAAAUGCUCCUAAACUUUUCGUGUCGCCAGUGGAACUGUUCGCAAUGAGUCGACAGUGGAGUUCAACUUUCAAAGAUAUAUACAGGUUCUAUGCAUUCCCUGUGGCUUCAGUUAACAUAUACAAUCCAGAAGACGUAGAGAUUAUAACUUCGAAUAUGAAAUAUCACGAGAAAAGCCGUAUUUAUAAAUUUUUUGCGCCGUGGCUCAAGGAGGGAUUGCUGACUAGUAAUGGUACCAAAUGGCAGCAUCGAAGAAAAGUUUUAACUUCAGCAUUCCACUUUGACGUUCUGAAAAAAUAUUUUGAUUCUAUAGACGGAAAUAGUCAAAGACUUGUUAGAGUCCUCCAACAAACUAACGGUCAAUCUGUAGACGUUGUGCCAAUAUUAUCAGAAUAUACACUCAAUAUUAUUUGUGAGUCGGCAAUGGGCACUGCUUUGAGUGACGAAUCCUCAAGUGAAGGAAAAAUGUAUAAAAAUUCUAUUUAUCAGAUGGGACAUACACUAUUUCAAAGAUUUAUUAACAUUUACCUUCAUCCUGAUUUUAUUUUUAAUCUAUCUUUUCUGGGAAGGAAGCAAAAACAACAUUUGUCAGUUAUUCAUAAUUUUACUAAGAAUGUUAUCAAGAAUAGAAGAAAACUACUUGACAUUGAUAAUAUAUCCGAAACUAAAGUUGCCCAAGCAGCUGGUAACAUUAGUAAUGUUUUUAAAAAGAAGAAAGCUGCCAUGUUGGAUCUAUUACUUCUAGCAGAAAAAGAGGAUUUGAUAGACGGUGAUGGAAUACAAGAAGAAGUUGACACAUUUAUGUUUGAAGGUCACGACACUACUCAAGCUGCGUUAACUUAUUGUUUAAUGUCUUUGGCAAACGAGGAAUUUGUGCAGCAAAAGGCGUAUGCUGAACAAGAGUGUAUAUUUGCUGGCGACAACCGUCCUGCAACCCUAACCGACUUGUCAGAAAUGACCUAUUUGGAAUGUUGUAUCAAAGAAUCAUUACGACUCUAUCCACCUGUACCGUUCAUUAGCAGGAAAAUAACUGAACCGACAACUCUAAGUAACUACACCAUACCUGCUGGAACGACAUGUCAUAUUCAUAUAUUCGACUUACAUCGCCAAGAAAGUAUUUAUAAGAAUGCCCUGAAAUUUGAUCCUGACCGAUUCUUAAAAGAAAACUCAAUCGGGAGACACACCUAUGCAUAUAUACCAUUUAGUGCGGGCCCUAGAAAUUGUAUCGGUCAGAAAUUUGCAAUGAUGAAAAUGAAAUCAUCUCUCUCCGCCGUAUUAAGAAAUUUCAAAUUGGUUCCCGUCACUUCACCAGAUGAUCUUUGCUUUAUGUCUGACAUAAUCCUUAGAAAUCAUGCACCAGUGUAUCUAAAAUUUAUAAAAAGAAAUAGAAUCUGUUAAUAAGACCUUUUUAGCAAAUUUAUUUUAAUUGUAUAAUGAUAUUAAAUAUAAUUUUGAAGAAGUUUGUUUCUAAAUCGUAAAUUUUUUUGAUAGUGCUUUGUUUAUCUUUUUAAAAUUUAUAUAUUUUUUAAACGUAGUCGGUUCCACAAUGACCGGGUCUAGUAUAGUUGUGUUGCGUAAAAUAGUACAUUUAUCGUGUCCAAGAAACACCCAUCGAAAUUAAAUGUCUUAGUUUAGCAGGCAGUUGAAUAACGAGAGAUUUUUUAAAAUGCGUAAACUGAGUAUUGAAGUGUCAUAAAGUUUCAUUUUAAAGAAGAUUUUGCCCCCACCCAAAAAAAAGAAAGACUCUAUGUGUGCGUGUAUAAGGAGUCUGUCCUCUCCUAUAGCACAGUGAAAAAUUGGGUAAAAGAGCUUCGCCGACAGGGAGAGAGAGAGAGAGAGAGAGAGAGAUUGAAACCGUCGAAGACAUUGGCCCCGACGGUCGACCUGUGGAAGUGCUCGCUCCCGACACGAUUGGUCUCAUCGUAGAGGAACAUCGUUCCUAAUGAACGCCGUUUGAAGAUUAGAGAAAGUGCAGCUAGGCUUGGGCUCUCCAAAAGUACCAUUCAACGUGCGAUCCAUAAACACUUCACGUAAAAAAUGUGAGUGCAAGAUGGGUACUGAAACUUCUUUCAGAGGUACAAAGACAGGACAGAUUGUGCUCUGGUUCGCAGUUCUUGGACCUCUGUGCCGAAAAUUCAAAGACUGAUCAAGCAAGCAAUCAAUGACUGGUGAUGAAACUAUGUUCUACAAAGUAAGCGUGAGUCAAUGGAAUAGCGUUAUAAGGAUGAAAAGCCCCCUAGAAAGGCAAAUUUUUAGGCGAUCGACUAAAAAACUUAUGUGCCCAAUCUUUUGGUGGAUUAAGUAUUUAUUUCCAAAUUAAAACGGAACUUAACAAGAAGAAAGUUUUUAAACGAUAAAGAAUGUUCGGUGUUUGAGGAUAAAUCUUGUAAUUAUUUUUAUAAAGGUUUCGAGAUGAUGUUGCACAGAUGGCAGAAGUGUGUUAGUAUUCAUGGUGAUUAUAUUGACAAAUACUUUUUGUUUCAUUUUCUUCAUUAGUUCAUAGUUCCAAUUAGUAAUGGGACCUAGUUUUUAGGACCCAAGUAAAUAAAAUUUGCCCCAUUUCAGUUUGAAAAUUAUGUUUGAUUUGGAGGAACUUCUUUUCUAUUACUUUUUUGAAAUAAGCAUUGUGGCUGUGAUU